AUGCGAAAUCUACGAUUAAAAACAAAACCCGAAGAUAAUGUCGACCCGUUAACAGCUGUUGAGUUAGAACAGGCUGAAGAGUUAUGGAUCAAGACAGCACAAAAAGAGUUACACAAACGUGUUAAGAACAAAGAGUUCAAUAUGCUUAGUCCAUUCACAGAUGACAAAGGAAUCUUAAGAGUCGGCGGACGAGUGGAUAAAGCUAUUGUAACGUAUGAUUCGAAGCAUCCAGUACUUCUUCCCAAGAACCACCACAUUUCAUACCUGAUUACCAAAGAU